AUGGCGGAUGCUGAGGAGGCCCCGCCAUCGUUGUUCACGCCGGGCAGCGGGAAUAUCGCAUUGGGAAUUAGCAUCGUCGUCUUCGUGACUAUCGCGUUAUACAAUUCGAUCGAGCUGAUGAUUCUCAUUCCGGUCAGCUUCCACCGCUAUCGCAGCCUCUACUUCUGGUCUCUCUUGACCUCCGCCUCAAUUGGAGUGAUUCCUUCGACCAUCGGACCAACCCUGCAAUACUUCAGCAUUGCCCCGCUAUGGCUCGCCAUGGUCCUCUCGAACGUCGGGUUCAUCAUGAUGAUCCCGAAUCAAUCGGUCGUGCUAUACUCGCGCCUGCACCUAGUCUCCCAAAACACCAACCUCCUCCGCUGCGUGCGGUGGUUAAUCGUCUUCAGCGUCUUCGCGGUCGUCAUCCCAACCACCACCCUCAACGUCGGCGCAAGCUACCUGCCAAAUUCGCGACCAUGGACGGUGGGCUUCGAAGUCAUUGAGCGCAUGCAAUUGACCUGGUUCGCAGCACAGGAGUCCUUCAUCUCGAGCAUCUACAUCAUCGACACGAUUCGAAUGAUCCGACUGAGUCCAGACAGCGACAAGCGGCGACACAAGAUACUGUAUGAGUUAUUGGCGAUAAACAUUGUUGCGAUCAUGAUGGAUCUGACGCUCGUGAUUCUCGAGUAUGUGGGGUUCUAUUUCACACAGAUUAUCCUCAAGGCGACCGUGUAUAGCAUCAAGCUGAAGCUUGAAUUCGCCGUGUUGGGCAUGCUGGUGUCGAUUGUGCAUUCGCGCGGGUCGGAGCAGUUGUUCCAAGCGGAUUGUACCACGUCGACAUUCUCAUGA